AUGCUGACCUCAUUCCUCCUCGUCGCUGCCCUGUCUACUCUGGCUGUCAAGGCCGACGACAGCUCCAGCAUUAUUGGGUACUUCAGUCCCAGCUGGGAUGCGACCUUGAUGCAGUAUGGAGGCUGGACCAGCACUGCCGCCAGCGUCGCCGGCAUUAAUGCGGUGGCGACCACCUACGAAGUUGGCUGUCGAAAGAAUGCCCCGGCAACAGACUGCGACAUCAGCCACUCGUGGACCAUCAUCCAGGGCCCCGAGACUGUCAGCCUCACCGGCCAGUACAUCGCAUCGACGUCGGGCAAGGAAACCAGCUACGAUCUCACCGUCACCCAGUCGUACGAGUGCGCCCUCAAAUCUUGGACCGAGUCCGCCAGCUGCACCAUGAGCGUCGGCAUAACCGGAGACCUGGACGGUGCUUCGUAUGCCUCUUCCACUUCUAGCCAGGCGACCUACUCCCCAGUGCCUACUACCGAAUACUACUACCGGCUGACGGUCACCGGCGGGUUGGAUUCAUUCACCGCGCCCCAGGCAACCCAAACCCCCGGUGCUGCUGCUGCUGCUGCUGCUGGGAAACCCGUCGGCGCGUUGAUUACCGCUGCUCCGGUCCUUGCUGCGGCGGCCGUCGCUGCCAUUCUUUGA